AUGGCUAGUUCGCGAGAGCAAGCUGCCGCCAUGGAGCUGGCUGGUUACGGCUCUAAAGAGGCGCCAGUCGUCGAUGAUCAAGAAUUGGGAUCAGAAGGCGCUGACCUGGCUCGUAUUGAGCGUGUCUACAAGUAUGUUGAUGCUGCAGUCUUUAUCAACCUUACCGACAAUAUUGAUCGCAGAAUAAUUCCACGUAUGGUUGCUAUGCUCGUUGACUAUUUCGAUUCGACUAACAUGUGUGCAGCAUUUUGGAUACUCUACUUUCUCUGCUCAGCCAUCCGCUCCAAUGUUGGUCUGGCACAAACCAUGAACUCGGCACAAGGUCAUGACCUUUCCGACGUGCUCCAUCUGACGCCCAAGCAAGUCUCUACCGGUCUAGCGCUCUUCUACGUCUGUUAUGUGGUCUUCGAUUGUCCUUCGAACCUCAUCAUGUCCAAAUUGAGCCCGCACGUGUGGAUGAGUAGAAUCGUGCUAAGCGUUGGUAUCAUCGGCACAUGCAUGACAGCUAUGAAGGCAGCCUGGAGUCUCUAUCUGUUGCGACUAUUGCUGGGCAUUGUCAUCGCUGGCAUGUGGCCUGGUAUGACCUACUACCUAAGUCUAUACUAUCCACCUUCGCGCUGCGCGAAACGCAUUGGACAAUACUAUACUGCGGCACAGCUAUCUGCCGCUGUUGUUGGUCUUGUCAGUGCCGGCUUCCAGAAGAUGGAUGGUCUCGGCGGCCUCGUGGGUUUCCAGUGGAUGUUUCUGAUUUACGGAUUGUUGGCAGUUAUCCUCGGCAUCGUAUUGCUUUGGUGGCUGCCCGAUCGUCCAUACCCGCCCGGUGAAAAAAUUGAACAACCUGUUGGCUGGAGACGUUUGCUGCCGAGAAGUCCACCUGUGCUUACAGGAGAGGACGCUCGUAUACAUUACGAAGAGCUGACAAGGGUGUAUCAUCGCCCCGCUUGGGGAUGGAAGGACCUGGGCCGCGUACUCAUUGACUGGCGCCUUUGGCCUUUGGUCGUCAUGUACUUUGGCGUCGUAGGCGUUGGUAUCGGCGUUCAGAGCUACGGAACCGUCAUCAUCCAUGCCAUCAACCCCAGUCUCAGCAGUAUCAACCUGUCACUCCUCUUCGCACCCAUCUGGAUCAUGGAUCUGAUUGCCAUCCUCCUCAUCACCCCUCUCAGCGAUCGCUUCCACACUCACCGCCACCUCAUAUUCAGUCUGUCUUGUCUCGUCAUCCUGGCCGGUCUGCUCACCACCACUUUCGCUGGCGGUAACGACAGCUGGUCGAGGUAUGGAGGUCUCUUGAUUAUCGGCUUUGGUCUGGGACCCACUGUGCCGACCAUCAUGGCAAUGAGCACUUCUAUUUUCCAACCACGUCACGGUGAGGUAGGCAUUGCUGCGGCUUCUGCUCUUGUCUCUGGUCUUGGUAACCUCGGCUCCAUUUUGACCACGUAUGCAUUGUAUUCUGGCUGGCCUGAAGACGCAAAGGGUCCUCACAAGUACAGAAAGAGUAAUUUGGUCAUGGUGGGCAUGGGUGCGCAGGCCAUCGAAGACGCCGUCGAGAACAAGGACGUCAUGGCUGAUGGAGCGGCCAAAAGAGAGCUGAGGGAAAUCAGGGCACAGCAAGGAUUCAGUCUGAACAGGCUGAAGUAG